GGCAGCAGCAGCCCCAGCCCUCAGAGAGACAGCACGAAGGGAGGGAGGGAGGGUGCUGGGGGGACAACCCCCCACCAUUCCUGCCGCUAUGGGCCCAGCCUCCCACGCCCACCUCCCCUCCAUCGGCCGAGGCUAGGACACCCCCAGGUCCCGUCGCCCCCUUGGCACCGACAGAGACACAGCCGCCACCACCGCUGCCGCAGCCUGGCUGGGGAGGGGGCCGGCCCCCCAGGCCCCCCACCCCACUGAGGUGGCCAGAAUGGAGCUGUGGCCAGGGGCAUGGACGGUGCUGCUGUUGCUCUUCCUGCUGCUGCUCAUCCUGCUGCCCACCCUGUGGUUCUGCAGCCCCAGUGCCAAGUACUUCUUCAAGAUGGCCUUCUACAACGGCUGGAUCCUCUUCCUGGCCGUGCUUGCCAUCCCUGUGUGUGCCGUGCGGGGACGCAACGUCGAGAACAUGAAGAUCUUGCGUCUAAUGCUGCUCCACGUCAAAUACCUGUAUGGGAUCCGAGUGGAGGUGCGAGGGGCUCACCACUUCCCUCCCUCGCAGCCCUACGUUGUCGUCUCUAACCACCAGAGCUCCCUUGACCUGCUUGGGAUGAUGGAGGUGCUGCCAGGCCGCUGCGUGCCCAUUGCCAAGCGUGAGCUACUGUGGGCCGGCUCUGCUGGGCUGGCCUGCUGGCUAGCAGGAGUCAUCUUCAUUGACCGGAAGCGCACAGGGGAUGCCAUCAGUGUCAUGUCUGAGGUCGCCCAGACCCUGCUCACCCAGGACGUGAGGGUCUGGGUUUUUCCUGAGGGAACAAGAAAUCACAAUGGGUCCAUGCUGCCCUUCAAACGUGGCGCCUUCCAUCUUGCAGUGCAGGCCCAGGUUCCCAUUGUCCCCAUAGUCAUGUCCUCCUAUCAAGACUUCUACUGCAAGAAGGAGCGCCGCUUCACAUCCGGGCGAUGUCAGGUGCGUGUGCUGCCCCCAGUCCCCACAGAAGGGCUGACACCAGAUGACGUCCCAGCUCUGGCUGACAGAGUCCGGCACUCCAUGCUCACCGUUUUCCGGGAAAUCUCCACGGAUGGCCGGGGUGGGGGUGACUAUCUGAAGAAGCCCGGGGGAGUGAGCGAGGCCCGGCUCUGAGCUCCCCUCCCAUUUACCCCGCCUUCCUCCCCACACCUGCCAACCCAGCCAGCCCUGAAGCUGGGCCCAGCCCUCUUUCUUGUUUCCCCUCUCCCCACGUAUUCUCCUCUUUGGAAUCUUCAACUUCUGAAGUGAAUGUGGAUCCAAGGCCACUCCCUGCCUCCUCCCUGCCCCACCCAUGGACUCUCCUGCCUCCGGGCAGUCUCCACUCCAGCUUCCACUUCCCGCCAUCUUGUCAGUGGGACUGUCACCUCCCCCUCAUCUCAAGUGGCUCAGCCUACACGGGGGUGGGGAACAUUCCAGCCCAGCCCAGCCCCAGUGGACUGUCUUCCUUUGUGGUCCUCUCUCCCUCUCCACGGCACACUGGCCAGUGGACUCAUCCAUUCUGUGGAACAAGUCACCUCCCGCCCCGCCCCGCCCCUAAGUCCAUGGGUUCAGUGGACUCAUCCAUGUGAGGACUCCUCACCUUGUGUCUAGAAGCCGAUACCUGGAACACUGCUCCCAGACUCCUCCUGGGAACUCCUCAGCACCUGCACCCUCCCUCCUGGUGGAGCCUCCUGCCAGUGGGGGGUUGGACUCUUCUAACUCAGAGGCCUCAUCCCUGCCCUUGCUAGAAGCCCAGGGUUGAGCACACUCCCAAAUGCCAGUUUGAUCUCCACAUUUCCGCUCCCCCCGUCCCCACGGUACAGUUCUUCAGUGGUCCCGGCCCCCUGUGCCAUUCUAACCAGACACAAGCAGGAAGAGGCAGCCAUCAGGGGCUGCACGCCUGCUCCUGGGGAGUUGGGCGAAGGAACUGACCCUGGCUGGAGGGGUAGGAGGGCUUUAAUUUAUUUCUUUCUUUUGAGGUUUCCCCCUCUCGGAGCCAGUUUUCAUUUCCUCCCGGUGGCAUUGGGCUCGCCCGGCUUCCCACUCCAUGUUCCCACCAUGGGGGAGGUGGGCUGGGAGCAAAAGGAGAGGUUGGGACCCAGUUUUUUGUGGUUGGUUUUUAUUCAUUAUCUGGGUAACAGCAAGAAACUGAGAAUAAAGAGAGAGAGAAAGAGA